CGUUAGGAGCAGCAUUUGAGAUGACUGCAGUGGAGAAGAUUGAGGAGCAGCUUGCUAGUCUGCGCAUAGCAAAACGUUCUACGCUAAGUGAGGAACCUGCUUACUUACUGGAUAUAGACGUCUCCAAACCUGCUCAAUCUGAAAGCAGUCGCUUUGUGGCAGUUUCGUGUUCCAAUAAGUCAAUUAGGGUUUAUAACAGGGAAACAUUAAACUUCCUGCGGGAGUACAGUAGCCAUCCUGGGAUACUUAAUGGAGUCAGAUUUUCACACACAUGUGACAGCAUAGUGUUUUCAGCAUGCAGUGACGGUACAGUAAAAUGUUGGGAUAUUCGUUUAGCAACUCAGAAAGCUGUGCAGAUAUUUAGUGGCUAUCCUUCGAACGUUUUCAUCAGUUUUGAUGUCAGCUGCAGUGAUCUCAUCAUUUGUGCUGGAACAGAAAAAGUUGAAAACGACACAUUUCUGGUGUUUUGGGAUGCAAGAGGCAUUACAAACUGUGCCAGCGCAGCUAAGGAACCCUUGGGAGUCUAUUCUGAAAGUCACAAUGAUGAUAUCACUAAAAUUUGUUUUCAUCCCAUUGAACCCAGUUUGGUAGUUUCUGGGUCAACUGAUGGGUUGGUUAACGUGUUUGACAUUAACAAGGAUAAUGAAGACGAUGCUUUAAUAUCAACUUGCAAUUCAGAUUCAUCAGUAAGUUUUAUUGGCUGGUCUGGGAAAGACUAUAAACAGGUCUACUGCAUGACCCACGAUGAGGGAUUUUGUUGGUGGGACAUGGCUCAGUUAGAUACCGAAGACCCAAUAACACUAUUGCAUGUUCUGGAUGUCAGAGACGCAGUCUGCGUUGAAAACGACAGCUUGCGUUACCUGGUAGGUGGCUUGUACCACGAAAAGGCGGACAAACUCUUUCUUAUUGGGGGAGCAGCGACAGGAAACAUUCACCUAAUCAGCUGCGGCAGGGACGGACUGAGCCUGGUGGGUACGCUCUGCGGAGGACACGCUGCCACUGUGCGCUCCUUCUGCUGGAACCUGACAGAUGAGUCUCUGCUGACGGGUGGCGAGGAUGCUCAGCUGUUGCUAUGGAAACCCGGAGCUGUGGAAAGGUCCAUCGCAAAGAAAGCAUCUAUGAAGAUCGCUUCUUCUGUGCAGAAGAGAGUAAGAGUUCACAACAGCUCCCUCAAAAGCAGGAAAAAGUAA